AGUUGGUAAAGUAGCCCAGCCCAUAUAUGUAUUGAAUGGAGAAAGUGAAGUAGAAGCGUUCUUGUUUCUCUUCUUCCAUUUCGUUCUUUCGCUCAAUAGAUCUCGAGCUUCAGCGUAUUCUGCAGUCAUGUCAACCAAGUAUAUCGUUUCUGCUAUUCUUGGAUCGUUUGGAAUUGCAUGGGUUUGUGAUUAUUAUGUUUCAGAAAAAAAGAUAUUUGGAGGUAGUACCCCUGGCACUAUUACAAACAAAGAGUGGGAGGAAGAGACUGACAAAAAAUUUCAGGCAUGGCCUCGUACGGCUGGUCCACCAGUUGUGAUGAAUCCCGUAACUCGCCAAAAUUUCGUCGUCAAGUCUCGCUCUGAGUGAUAAGUUUUUGUUCAUGAAUUUUGAGUUAAUUGGUGCACCUUGAUCAUGGGAUAUGUUUCCAUAAAUGAUGGUCAUGUUUGAGGUAAAACUCCUCCAGUUCAAUUAGUGUUUCUAUGUUUUAACGUAAAUGUUUACUUGCUUAAUAAAAGGUUAUUUAAACAAAAUGGAUUGAUUAAUGCGUA